AUGGCGGAAUACAUCUGCAAGAAGAAAUGCAAGGUUUUCCGAGGGACCCCAAAGCAAGCAAUGUCUUUAAACCAUGAGAAAAUGCAGCUGGCACCGAUGCGAUUAUAUACACUGUCCAAACGGCAUUUUGUUCUGGUCUUUGUAGUAUUCUUUGUUUGUUUUGGUUUGACAGUCUUCAUAGGAAUAGCAGGUCCUAAUGUAAUUGAAACUUCUGUAGCAAGAACUGACUUAAAUAACAGCCUAAAGCUGAAGCCAUUUAAUUUAAGUUCACCACCACUGUCUACUUACAAUCAGCAGCUGUGGCUGACCUGCAUAGUUGAGUUGGAUCAGCACGAUGUAUCCCUCAAAAAGAAUGUUACUAUGAUAGUCAAAGUACUUGGAGUGGUGAAGGAUGGAAGCACACCAUAUGUUAAUAAUCAAGUUCACAAUCGGACAAGAUUACUCAGUUGUGCACAAAAAUGCAGUGAAAUCAUUGUUGCUCACCUUGGCUACCUGAACUACACUCAGUACAACAUAUUUGUUAGCUUUGAAGAUCUAAAUAAGUUAACGUACACCAUCCAGAAUAUUACUUUCACAUGGAAGACCUACAAUCCGACUUUUUCUCAAGUGGAAAUAUGGUUCCGAUUUGUCUUCGUAGUUCUUACUUUUAUGGUCACGUGUCUGUUUGCACAUUCCCUGCGGAAAUUCUCCAUGAGAGACUGGGGUAUUGAACAGAAAUGGAUGUCCAUCCUCCUUCCCCUCCUGCUGCUUUACAAUGAUCCAUUUUUCCCCCUUUCUUUUCUGGUGAACAGCUGGUUUCCUGGAAUGCUGGAUGAUCUAUUCCAGUCACUGUUUCUGUGUGCACUGUUGCUGUUCUGGCUUUGUGUCUACCAUGGUAUAAGAGUACAGGGGGAAAGGAAGUGCUUAACUUUUUAUCUGCCCAAAUUCUUUAUUGUUGGACUGUUGUGGCUGGCCUCUGUUACACUGGGAAUAUGGCAAACUGUUAGUGAAGUACAUGAUCCUACAUAUCAAUACAGAGUCGACACAGGUAAUUUCCAGGGAAUGAAGAUCUUCUUCCUUGUGGUGGCAACCACAUACAUUCUCUACCUUUUGUUCCUGAUAGUGAGGGCAUGCUCAGAACUUCGUAACAUGCCUUAUGUUGAUCUCAGGUUAAAAUUCUUGACUGCAUUAACCUUUGUAGUGCUUGUCAGUAGCAUUGUUAUACUCUACCUACGCUUUGGAGCACAAGUUCUACAGGACAACUUUGUUGCUGAGCUGUCAACUCAUUAUCAGAAUUCAGCAGAAUUCUUAUCAUUUUAUGGUUUAUUGAACUUUUAUCUCUACACAUUAGCCUUCGUGUAUUCCCCCUCAAAGAAUGCACUAUAUGAAUCACAGUUGAAAGACAAUCCUGCUUUUUCUAUGCUGAAUGAUUCAGAUGAUGAUGUGAUUUAUGGGAGUGACUAUGAAGAAAUGCCACUUCAGAAUGGCCAAGCUAUUAGAGCCAAGUAUAAAGAGGAAUCGGACAGUGAUUGAUUUUGAUGUAGACAGACUUGUUCAGCUGGAAUUAAACCAAUGUUGAAGUUUUCCUAGAUGGACAGCUUCCCUGGCUUCCUUACAGUCUGCUGUCAUCUGAACACCGACUCCCAGGAAGGACAUCCUGCUUCUGUUGCUGUUUACAAGGUUAAAACUGAAAAAAAGAAUGCUUGAAAAGGUUGUGGUGAAAACUUAAGAAACCAAAAUUUUUACACGUCUUAUAAAAUGCCUGAUAGCAGGAUGUCUGUGGACUAAACUCUUGAAGUCUAUUUCCAUUUAGAAGUGUCAUUGAUUAUAUGCUGAUUUUAAAAUUGCUUCCUUGCUGCUUGGAUUUUUGGGAGGGUUUUUUUGAGGAUUAUGUACAGCAUACUGUCAUUCAUCUGUUGCGUUUGUGAUAGCUCCUUUGUAUAUUGUCUGCUGCUGUACAAAGUGCCUCAUUUCCCUUUCAAUUUUCUACCUUAGUCUUUUGAGCUGGAGGCACGGAAUGAAGCGUUUUAGGGUUUUCUUUUUUUUUUCUUUUUUUUUUUUUUUUGUUAAAUGCAAGAAAACACAAGCUUUCCAUUCUUCCUUCAAAGAAGCGAUACAGACUUCAGACCAUUUUUUUAAUUCAUUUAAAUGAGUUUACCAGAUUUGUAAGUGCGAGAUAUGUGCAAAUAGUCAAGUUCUAGUGAGCCAAAAUAGCCUCAGUGGUGCAAAAUUAUUUGUAUAAUAUAUGUUUCAUAACAUGCGUUACUGCCACAACAGAAGUGUUUGUUUUGGUUUUUGUUUUGUUUUUCUAAACAGCCCUUUCAAAUGCAAAUAUUUAGGCAGCAACAAGUCUCAGAAGGAAGCCUUCUUUCUGGGUUUUUUGUAUGUUGGAGGAGAUUGUUACACUUACAGAGAAUACAGUAUGAAAGUUUCAUAGAGAAUUGCAAUUUGAAAUUUCCAAACAUUUCAUUUUCAGAGACUUUUUCUACAUCAGAAUUUUUCCUUAAGUUGUAUUACUAAAUAGUUAAUCUACGUCCUAGGAAGAAUCGUGGUUGCUCAUGUAUUGAAUGUGCAUGAGAGCUUUUGAGCAUGUUCUGUGCAUAGUUCAACUUCUUUGUCAUACCACAGUCGCCACCUGUACUGAUCGAAACUUUUACUAGCACAUUUCGUGAUUAUCUGUAUUCCAGUCUGUGCUGGAACAGAGUUUUAUGGGAAUUAAGUAUUCCUAGUACAAUGCUGCUGCUUCUCUAUUUAAAAGUUGGUUUUCUCCUACACUGUUGUUCAGUUCUUUAUUUAAGUGGGUGCUGUUUCUAGCUACUUCUGUUUUCAGGUACUUGACCUGUCUGAAAGUAUCUUUUUUUUCAUCGAUUCGUAACUGUGAUUUACUCUUGUAAAAUUCCUCUGCCCUGCUGCUGUAGAAAAGACUCUCAAAAGCACUGUUAAUGUAUUAGACAGAAAAUGGUGCUGGCCUACACUAAGGAAUUGUGCUCAUCAUUGAACUAGUUUAAGCAGAAGAGCGCAAUGAAGUCCUACUAGACUUGCCGAAUCAUAUUGGGGGGAAAAAGUAGAUUUGCUCUGCUUUGCAACAACUGUUCUAGACCGUUGCAAUUAUCUCCUGGUAGCUGUUCCAGAUCAUGAAGGGGAGACUUCACAGGAUAGCAGUUUGCUUAGAGAGGACCAAAGUAACUGCUUCAUGUGGUUGCAUCCUUGCUGUCAUAGAACAGUUCCGAUUAAAUCAGUGCUCUGCUAAAGACAAGUGUGGUAAGAUACUCUGUGUGUGAGAGAGAGAAAACUUUCUAAAAUUAUGAGGAGCUGUGAAAUUUUUUGAGGGUAUUUGAAGUUUAAAACUUUCUGUACCGGGGAUCAUGUAUUUGUUAGAAGCCAAAGCGCUAUUGUAUGGCUAAAGCAAGGAAACUGCUGGGGGGCGAGGGGAAGUUUUUUUCCUUUCAUUUCUUAAUUAAUUGGUGUCAGUUUAGAAGAACAUACAGGAAAACAUUAAAGAAGUAUUUCAAGUUAGUGGUGUUGUGGCUUUUUUUCCAGUGAACUGUAGUAAGCUGUACCUUCAGCACUUCCUUUUAGACUUUAACAAGUAUAGGAGACGAUCUUUGUAUCCUAGAAGAGGAGAGCCCAUUCUCAUUUUUACCAUUCCCCAGGUGACUCUCCAGGCUUACAGCUGGUUGAAUUUGCAGAGUCAGACUUGGGAGCCAACUAGGCAGCCUUUGCAUACCCCAAAUCCUUUUGACUUCCAUUGGAGUAACAGUGGGUACAGGAAUUAGGGCUUCAAAAAUUGGCAUUUACAUGCUCCUUAUAUAUUCAGAUCUUUUUGGCUCUGAUAUUGUUUAAUUCUGUUCUAAAUUGUUCUGAAGAGACAGAACGUUUGAUUUGACAAUGUGCAAAGGAUACUAAUGUUUCUUAUCACAGUCUGAACUGGUUGUUACAGUUAACCCCAAAAUACAGUGUCGCGCUUUGGGAUUUUGUUAACUAAAGAAAGUAUUUUUAAUCUAACUUUGAGACGAUGAUUUUCUUCUAAGCUGUUCUCAGCCCAUUUCACUUGCCGUUUUGUUUGCAUUAACUUUUCUACAUCACUACAUUCAAAGUGGAAACACGAAAGCUGAGAAUGGGAAAUGUGUACUUAAAAUACGUAUGUCACUACAAAAAUAGUGAGAAAAUAGUUUCCUUGUUAAUUUUUAGAGAUUAUGUUUAAGCAACGCUUGCCACGCAAAAUAGUUUUGUAUUUCAGAAGUGCUAGAGUGUAAUGGUAAGCUUGGUUGAAGCACUGUCGCGCCAAGUUCAAUAUACAGUAAAAAGGCAAAAGCGGUGAAGCAGAUAAGGACAUAGUUUUGCUAGCAAGACAUCUCAGUUUCACUCCUCUUAUUUCCACAAUUGGAAAGCAGAGACAGUAUCUGAGGAAUAUUACAAUAUAGAUUGUAAACAGCUUGGGAGUAGGUGGCAUGAAUUCACCUCUAAGUAAAGUAUUGCAACCUAAGGGUGAAACAGAAGAGAUCUGGGUAAGAAACUAGCCUGGCUUUCCUUUCGUUACUGCUAAAGUAAUUCUAUAUUUCCAUCACUAGUGGAACUGUAUAAAAUGAGAAAAGUAUGCAAAAAGGCCCCGCAGUAUACAGUGUUCCGGCUCUAAAGGAGAUGUCGUCUAUUAGACUUCCAUGUACACAGUGAUCAAGAGGGACUUCUAAGGAAUCAAAAAGCAUUGAGUGUGAGCCAUUCACGGCAACCAUUUUCUGUAGUAUUUGCUUUAAAAAUACAGUUGGUGUUGGAAUUGGUUGGAAACUUUCCUAGGACUGGCAAACAGGAAGCAUAAGGCUUAACACCAGUAAGGAACAGCUAGUGCAACAGACGCGCGGCACGAAUACUGGGGAAAAUGGAAGGAUGGUUCCAGCUAGGAACGACUUUGAUCUGUUGUCUUCCUCUGAGCCAAAAGACAACUUUGUAUCCCCAGUCACCUAAUUUUCCCCCCAUUUCCUCUUGCUUAUGCCAGUAAUAACCUUUGCAUUACUGUAAAACCUUUUUUUAGAAGUUUGUAAAUAUGUAAAAUGAAAAUAUGGAAAAAUCGUGUACCAAAAUGGUAUAAAAAUGUGUAAGAUAAACGCUCUGUUUAAUGAGAAGCUGUAAUUAAAUGCUGCUUUGAGAAAGUGUGCAUGAGGACGUGUUAAAUAUCAUAUGUGUCUAGGAGUUGUGUUAAUGACAGCAAAUUAUCCAUUUAUGUUGGAAAACUUCAUGCUAAUAUGGAAUAUGAAGGAAAAACCAGUAUUUUACUUCAAGCAAAAGUUGGGUAUUCAGUUUCUUGGAAGACUUCAUGUGCAUAAUCAUUAUUAAAUAUGUUCAUAAUAAAGUUUUAUAUCUUUAUAUUGUA